CACGGUGGUCUAAGGGAAGUAAUCGGGAUACUCUUAAAGAAUCACCUAUGUUAGAGUGAAGUGUGGUCGCUUCAACAGAGGAUUUUUGGGCUUAAUCCUCUAAACACUCUCGCAGAACCAGGCGCGUGUCCCACGACCAAAAUGGGCACAACCAUGAGAACAGAACGACGUUUGGUUGAAAUCUGUUUCUGUGUUGCAGUUGAUUCUAAUGGACAUGUUUAUACCUGGGGCUUCGGUGGUUAUGUAAGGCUUGGCCAUAGAGAGAAGAAGGAUGAAUGGGCCCCUCGACGUGUUGAUGGAAUUAGCAGGCAAAAUGUCCUGCCCCCUGAUGUUGUGAUCUUAGCUGGUUCUGUGAACUCAUCUUGCAUUGCUGGGGGAGGCCAACUAUACGUGUGGGGAAAAAAUAAAGAGCACUGGGGAUGAUUGGAUGUAUCCUAAACCUCUGAUGGAUUUAAGACAUUUUACAGCUUAUCAGUCUUCAAUUGCAAUCUCUAUUCAUGGCAUAGUUGCUCAAGUUGAUAGGCCGAACAAUGAAUGAGCCACGUCAUUUCACAGACUUUUAGAUGUCGGCCUUUGGAAAUAGCAAAGAAGGAACCAUUCCAUUCGUGGCACGCCAAGAUGACACCUUUCAUAUCUAGACAUCUUUCAACUAAAUCUUUUGUGAAGCC